UGCUGGAAAGUUGAACCUGUUUUUCUCUCAGUAGAUGAGGUAACCAGAGUUCCUGCUGAUGUCCUGUGUGAGGCAGAGCGGCAGAUGUCUGCGCUCCGUCUGUCAAUCUUCAAACUCCUUCAGCCUACACUGAAGUGUGAAAUUGGUAAGCAGGAAACACCCGUGUUUGCCCUCCCUCUCCUUCUACGCUCAGACAAGUGGGCUCAAGAGCUUUUCCAGCAUACUGUCCAUUGGGAAUUUAAGUGCACUUCUUGUAGUUAUACUCUAAAUGACAGUGUUGAGAAGUCUCUUACAACGUUCACUCAGAUUCUGAAUGACUGGCACCCACUAAAAGCCAUCCACCGCACUCAGUGCAGUAACUGCAACCGUAGAAACCAGAGGAGGAAAAUGGUGCUUGAAAAGCUGUCCUCUGUGUUUGCACUGCACUUUGUGGAGGGCUUGCCCAGGAAAGACCUCUCUAAAUACUCGUUCGAGUUCCAGGGCGCACGCUACAAUGUUAGCACCGUUAUCCAGUACAAUAAGCGUCUAAAGCACUUUGCCACUUGGAUCCGCCAGAGCAAUGGGUCAUGGCUGGAACUCGAUGAUUUGAAAUACCCUCACAGCAUCACCCACAAGAGGUUUUCAUUUCCUGCCAAAGAAAUUCACAUUGUCUUCUGGGAAUCAGACUCCACUAAAGAUGAAGUUUCAGAAGUUUGCUCACCGACAGCUCCCUCGGCACUCACGAAUGUCGAUGAUAAGCACCCGCGCAAACUGUCAGACUCUGUGGCCAAUGACACGUGUGUCAUCAGCGCGCUCACCUUGGGAGACUCGAUUACUGCCGGCGCUCUGGAUACAUCCAUCGGCAGCACCACUUUACUGGACACCUUUGAGGGUCUGUCACAUACAGACAUUGUGACCCUCACUCUGGUUGAUGAGAACAAAGCCACUGAGGCUCUUCAGAUUCCCCAGAGCCCAGCCGUCGUCCCGGCCGCUCUCCCCAGUCUUCCUGUCGCAUCUAGUUCAUCUUGUAUCUCCAAGUCCGUUUGUCAACCUUCAAACGCUCCAAAACCCCAAAGUUCUGGUUUGACGGAAGGAUGUUCGGUUUCCAAUCCAGUUGUGCUGAGACCGUCAGUGGCUACACAAGUACAUGCACCGUCACCGCUUGCGUCCUCAUUACUUCAACGCCAUCCUUCCUUCCAGUCGACACCAAUAAGACGUCCUCCUCCUGCUCCAAAACCCAUUCUGAAAUGUGACAACGAAGCUCUGCCAGCAAAGCCAGCUGACAUGUUUGGUGGCUUCAUAAGCAUGAAAUUGCCAAAUUCAAGUGGCGUGAAUCCUGCUGUAGAGCCUCAACACAAACCAAUCACCCUUCCGUCGGUUAAGAAAAAUCCAAGCCUUUUGGCAGACCAGCAGCCUAUUACCACUACAGAAUCCCUCAGACUGAAGCUACUGAAAAAGCUCAAGGCUAAGAAAAAGAAACUGGCCAAAUUAAACCAGCUUUUGGGAAGUGCAGGAGAAUCUGCACCGAAACCGGACAGCACGGCUCUUUCGUCGCCCUACUCUGUCACCUCUAGUACGUCGGCGUACGACAGUCCAGCAUAUGACCAGUUCUUCGCUGAGCUUUUGUCUCCUGCAACGACCGUCAGUAACCUCUCACCUGACAGCACGGGGCUCCUAGAGAUGUUGAACAACGGCCAGAAUGUGGAAAAGACCGUUGGAAGCGCACAGCAAAAUCCUUGUGUAGCAACUGUGGUUCCAGAAGCAACUUUAACCUACCCUUCCUCUCCUAAUGACUCUGUAUUGAAUCUUGAUGAAUACAUACAAUCAGGGAUGGACCAGACUGCGAUUGAGAACACCGAUUUUAAUGGCUUAGAUAUAUUUUUCUGAUCAUGAAUAGCUUUUAGAUUUUACAAAAUUAAAAUUUGGUCUGAUGUCAAAACAAGUUGUUCCUGAGAACUCUUCUUUGUAGUUUCAUAUUGGGAAUGCAAGACUUUUGUUAGGAAAGCCUGUGGUACAUCAUCAGUUAAAUGAAUCCAGAGUUCAUAUUUUGUCUGAUAUACUUGAAUAAAGAAUAUUAAAGGG